CUUCAGAAUAUUUCCUCUCACACCGGCCAGCUUGAUCAGACGGCCAUUCAACAGGCUCAGGCUAGCGCUGCAUUACUUCAUCUUCAAGCCCAACAAGCAGCUCAGGCCCAACAAUUAUUUCAUCACCAUCAGCAACAACAGCAACAGCAACAACAUAUAUUGCUUCAACAACAGCAAGCCAAGCAGCAGUUGCAGCAGCAUAACCAACAAAUGGCCAUGCUGGCCGCAGCCGGUUUGAACGUAGCCCACCUUUUUCAGGCUGCCGCUGCUGCCGGGACAAGUGCGGCUAAUCAAACCAACACUCCUGCAUCUGCAUCACUUCCCACCGCCAGCCUUCUUUCAUCUUCAAAUUCAACGUCCAUCAGUGGAGGCGUCGGCGGAGCCUCAAUUGCCGGGUCACGACGUCAAAAUCCUACUAAUGGAGGUGCUAUAUCGGCGGGUGGAUUUACUCGUCAAGGCAGCCAGGCUCAGCAUGCUGUAAGACAUCAGCUCUUAGAAGUAAGUCAUUAG